AUGGCAGAUUCAGAUUCGAGUGUUUCUGAGAUGGAAGGAUCCAUUAGUAGCAGGGAGGUGUGGUCAACACUUUCAGAGGAUUGGGAGAUCAGCUCUGAGGAGACUGACCUAGAGGAGAUGUUUGGGGAGAGAGUGGAUUACUCCCCGAUUGGCUAUCACACCCGUGGACGAUUGGCAAAGAGGGACGAGGAGGAGGACCCUAUAGAGGAGGACCCCGAGGAGGAGGACCCGAUAGAGGAGGAUCCCGAGGAGGAGGACCCAGAGGAGGACCUCGAGGAUCCUAUCGACGAUGAGGAGCCCAUGGAGUGGGAAUUUGAGGUGGCACCAGAGCCUCUACUUGGUGAGAUCCUAGAAGGAGAUCCACUUGGUUGGGAGCUUGACCUAGAUGAGGAGGAUUAG